AUGCCGGUACCUAAGAACCCAUGUACAGAAUGCAAAAGCAAACACCUCAAAUGUGCCGGUGAUGAGGCUUUCAGAGAUGGCUCUUCGGCAAAGUAUGAUGCCAAGUUCUCAGGAUCGCAGAGCUGGGUGAACAGUAGUGCCAAAGAGUUUCGCCUUCAAACAAGUUCGCGGCGCGCAACACAGAGAAUCGCUCUCGCAGAUGAGGCGUCGACUUCAACGACAAAGACAGCAAGCCAUCCAGCUGUGGAUAACAACGGAACAUCUAAUGCGGCUCUUGACUUCACACUCGGAGGUUCAACAUACUUCAAUUCGACAGUUUCAUCAAGUCUAUCCCCUCCCCGUGGCGGACACUCGCAACCUUCAGCACUGCCAACAUUCGCAACCCAACCGAGGCAGCAUCCACUGGCACUCUCUCAGCGUGGUCCUUCUUGGGGCGGCUUACUUCAUGCGUUGGAGCCACCGCACCAGCGAGACUUGCCGCUGGAGGGCGUACAAGAAGCAUGCCUCUUACGAUACUUUAUCGAGGAGUUGUCACAUUGGUUUGAUCUAGUUGACCCGCAGCGAAGAUACCAAUUGGUUGUUCCAGAACGAGCCAGGCGAUAUCCUCCCCUACUCAACGCCAUAUUAGCAAUGUCAGCACGACACUUAUGCCGCGUGGAAAAGUACAAGACAGCCCGAGGAAUUGUAUAUCGCGGGCAACCAUUACCGAGUCUCAGCUCACACUCUGCAGUGGAGUAUAUGCUCAAAUGCAUGCCCGUCCUUAAAGACUUUCAUACCACGGAAGACGGGGAGACCCGAGAACUCAUCGUGACAACGGCUGUCAUCCUACGUCAUUUCGAAGAGCUCGAUGACGAAGAUGAAGAUCCCGCUCUCGGUAGUCGCCCUGACGAGAGUGUCAACUUCCUCGCAAUCCUAAACGCUGUUCUUCGGAGUUUGACAUCAGAUGAUCUUAUUAACCGCCGAGAACUGCUUAUUGCAUCUUACUGGGUUGCUUUACGACAAGAAGUUUACUAUGCCCUUCGGAAAGGAUACCCAGCUCAGAUGGUCGAACCACCAGCUGAGUGGUCCGAUAUAUCGCCGGCGAACAGAAUAGUCUUUCAUACGAGUCAGGUCACAAAGUGGCUGUUUGAUGACAAGUCGGAGAGUGGAUGGCAUAAACUCAAAGAACAGGAGGAAUAUCUUGAUCAAUAUGUGACCGGGCGCUUUGAACCCAUUCUUCAUCGACCACCAGACCGAGUUCUAGGAGAGCACAUGAUGAUAGCAAAGAUGAUUCUAACCGCAGAGUCACCUCUCCUCUCACAAGCCGAUGAUGUCCGAGCAGCAUACCGCAAAGCCGAAGGUGAAGUGCGAAAUCUAGUCCUCCAAGUGUGCGGUACUGCUGUCCAACAUCCCGAUACCCAACCGGGUCUGGUAAAUGCCAUUCUAGCUAUACAGAUGUAUGGAAGUUACUUCACUGAUCCUUGGGAACAAGAGGCACUCAAGAAAACGGUUCAGAUGUUCAAGGAUUGUCAGGCUUGGCCGUUGCCGAAAGCUUUGAGAGAGCGAUAUUACAAGUCAUAG